GUGAGCACAAAGGGCGUACAGUGGGUAGGUAGCGAAUGCUUUGAUUGUUGCUUACCCUUAACCACCACCACCGAUGAUACAAGCGAGCACGUACGCGUGACGAUGAAGAUGAAGAACGAGAUCUGCCGGUUGCUGCCGCUUUUCAUCUAUCUCGCCAACGUUCCACGUGACGAUGCCAGAUCCAACAGCUUUGUCCGCCCAGCCGCCCCUGACCAUCUCAAUCAACGCUCUGCUGCGCAACGGAGACUGCGUCGGCUGCUGCCGCCGGUCACAUCAAUGGUUGUUGCCCCGCCGCCUCCAAUGCCGCCUAGAGAGACCACCCGGAAGGAGGCGGCAGAUUCCAGUGGAACAAUAACGCAUCCCGAGUACAUCAAGGCCAGCCAAGACCCUGCACGCAACGUGUAUGACAGGUCAAAGAUACCCGCUGAUGUGGACUUCAUUAUUGUGGGCUCGGGUGUGGGCGGGCUGUGGCUGGCUGCCGCCUUGUCCAAGCUGAAGGGCUACAAGUGUGUGGUGCUGGAGCAACACUACAUGGCCGGUGGCCUUUGUCACGUGGUGAGUACAUACCAGCGGCAUAGGGACACACACACACACACACACUUUUGCCGCCCAUCCCUCUUGUCUGGCUGUGUGCUCACGGCUACGUACGUAGUUCACUCACAAGGGCUACGAGUUCAUACCAGGUACAACCCUACACACGAUCAAUUCCUGCGUGCGCGCCCUGCCGUGUGUCGUUCCUGCGUCAUUUCUCACUUAUGCGUGGUUCAGGUGUGCAUUACAUUGCCAAUAAGGAGGUGUGUGGUGGUCUUCUUGAGCUCGUGUCGGACCCAUCUACCCCAGUGGAGUGGCAGCUGCAGGGCGACGCCACCACGGCCGACAGGCGUGACGAGGAGGCAUACCGCGCACACCACGGCGAUGUGCUCGCCAUGGAUGUCGCCGGGGGCCAUGCCGGCACCGGGGCUGCAUGCUCACACGAGGUCGUCAUCGGGGACCUUCCCAAAAUGAGGUGGGGCCCAUCCCACACAAAGAAACGGCACACGCGGAGGACUGAUAUUUAUUCAGUGUGUUCGUCUGUGUGUGUGUGUGUACGCAUGUGUGUGCAGCAUCCGUGGGGGCAAGAGUGCUGUCAUCGAUGAGCUGGUACGUGUGUUCCCCAAUGAGCGCGAGGCCAUCACGAAGUGGAUUGACCUCGUCGACAGGGUCAAGUGGCUGGUACGGCACUCAACAAAGCACACAAAUGCCGUCACACAUAACGUAAUGUCUGUUCGCGUGUGUGCGUGUGUGUGUGUGUGUGUGUGUGUGCAUUCUGCUUGGUCAGCCUGGCAUAUUCAUGCAGUCGAAAGGCAUGCCAAGGUGGUUCCAGGUCAACAACACACACGACAAAGAAGCCUCCUACUCACCCUGGUCGUCGUCAUGCGGGCUGUUCCGUUCAUGCGUGUGCAGCCGAUAUGGGUGGCGCUGCUGUGCGGCCAAUACCUCAAGUACGCCGGAGCGACAGCAGACAAGGUGAGCGUUCAGCCUCAUGCACGAAUCAGUGUGGUUGAAGAUCUCCGUAUGUGCAGGUAUUCAACGACAUCACAGACAACCCGCAGCUGGCCACCGUGCUGUCGGCCUUUGCCGGCGACCUGGGAGAGGUCCGACACACGCGUCACGUCUUUCUCCUCUGUGAGGCGCUUGUGUCCCCGGCAUGUUUCAGAACUUGCGUGAGGGUUCGUUCAUCAUGCAGUCGGCUGUCAUCGGACACAUCAUGGAGGGCUGCUGGUAAGUGAAGAGGCCACAUAGCCACACGCGUAUGUCGUAUCUAUGACACUUGUGGUAGGUAUCCGCGUGGCGGUCCCCCCCAGCUGACGCGCACAGUCAUCCCCACCAUCACCAAGGCAGGCGGAGGCGUUUUUGUCAGCGCCAAAGUCGACGAGAUCCUAGUCGAACACGGUGCGGUGCGCACGGCCGCACACCGAGAAAAACAUACGUACCAAACGAAUAUACUGCCGCGGCUCUACGCCUCGUUUCCAUGCAGGUGUGGCCACGGGGGUCAGGUUAGCCAAUGGGGAUGUCCUCAAGGCGUCCAAAGGUGUGGUGAGCGCUGUGGGCCUGCGGCCGACCUUCGACAAGCUCUUGAGCCGUGAUGUGGUGAGGCGGUAUCUGAAGAAGGAGGCGGCUCGAGUGGACCGGUACUCUGAGGGCGCCAUCAGUCACGUGUACGCCUUUGUGGCCCUGAAGGGGUCGGCUGAGGAGCUGGGGCUCAAGAGCUCAUCACUCUACUAUAUACCUUGGAACACAUCCCAGGUGGGCAGCCGGGCUGGGCAGUCCCAUCUGCCGGUGCACGUGUGUCUGUCUGUCUGUCUGUAUGUCUUUCUGUGUGCAGCCGAUGGAAGCAUCAAGCAUUCAGGACCACUACCGAUCCACCCUGCUCGACCCUUCAGUGGAGGACGUGUCCGCAGGAAUGCGUGAGCACUGCACACACACCGACCACAAGAGGCCAAGCCAGCCAGUCAGUCAUCUUCUCUCCCUUAUUGUCCGCCUGCCUUGUGUGGGCACAGUCUUUCCCACCGCGAAGGACCCCGACUACUCUGAGAAGAAGCACCCGGGCCGCAGUGUGUGCAUCAUGUUCUCGGAGGCCAUACCAGAGGAGUUCGAACACCUGAAAGACGGUACGAAGCACGAGGGUGGUGUGUGCGAAGCACGCUGUGUGUGCAGAUGUUCUAUGUUGUGUCGUGGUGUGUGUCAGACGUGGGCGGUGUGGAGAGCAAGCUGCUGAGCGAAGAGUACAGCGGUGUGAAGAAGGUGAUAGAGCGGAAACUCAUCAACGCACUGCUGCACAACUUCCCACACCUCAAAGGUACCUACCACACGACACCUGCCAACACUCCAUCGCAUGGCCGAGCUCAGGCGUGUUCGUUCAUUUCCGUGUGUGUGUGCAGAUCACAUCGAGUUUGUUGAGGUGGGAACACCCAUGACGGCCUAUCGUUUCCUGAGGAGAUUCGACUCGCUCGGUCGGCGUGCAUUCCUGCGGCACACACACAUGCCGCCUGUUUGUAUCGCUGUGUUGGUUGACCGGUGCGCGUGUGUCUGUAGGUUUGCGCCACACCCCCGCCCGCAUGACCGACAUGGAUUUGCGGCCCGACUGUUCCGUCCGCAACCUCUACUUCUCAGGACAAGACAUCGCUUUCGCCGGAUGGGCUGGUGCGUCUCACCACACCAUACCAGAAAUACACACACACACACACAGGCAUCUCAUCUGCACGUUCCUCCCUCUGUCUUGCCUGUGUGGUUACACACAGGUGCGUUGACAGGGGCCAUGAUAGCGGCCACGCGCAUCCUGGGCUACACCCCCUUGGACCUCAUUCGCGGCAAGGACCUCGUGACCGAUUUGGGAGGGGCGGAGCUCAUGAAGGUCAUGGCCAAGAAGGCCGGCAUCAAAACCGUCUGAGAUGCAGAAUGGAGUCAAGUGCGUGAGUGCGGGAAAAAACAAGAGGCGAAGACAAGAGAAGCUGCGAGUGGAGAAGUAGAGCGGCUUUUUUCAGUGUGAGAGCGAUGCUCGUUUAUUGGUCGGUGCCCGUGUGAGCGUGUGUGAGGUUUCUCGGUGUGGUGCUGGGAUUCGGAUCUGUUGGGUCGCGAGAGGCCGUCGGUGCUUCAUUUAGCGUUGAGGUAUAUAUAUGGACAUACACAUGAAAGUAGUAUAGGUCUCUUGAGUGCGAUGUGAUGUCAUGGUUUGCGAUGGAUGGAUGGAUGCCGUUUGCGUGAACUUGUCAGCUGACACGGAGCCCACAACGGCGUCAUCUCGCCGGUCAGCUGGGCAGCGUCUCAGCCUUCAAUUUCACGCCCUGACGGCAUGCAUCACCACACCAGCACAUGAUGACCGGGCAGACAGACAUGGAUGUGAUGUAUGCGUUCUGUACAAAGCUGGAGCCUCUCA